GUUGUAACUGCUCAAUUGGCGAAGGAUUCGUUAAGUGUACAUGAAAAUCAAAACGCCAAAAUUCGAAAAGCUUUAGUGUGAAGAAAGUAACGAAGUGCAAUUGAAUGUCAUUUAAGCCUAACAUGUACCAACAAAGGAACCUUUGAAUGACUACGGACCAGGAAUUGGAACUGCAGAGUGCUGUGGAUUCCUUCUCAACGUACGAAGAAUACUUAGAUUCUUUGCUCACUAACGAUGACCUAAAUUUCUUGCAGGAUAAAGCACUUUGCAGGGAUUUAUUAGCCUUAGGAUAUCAUUCGAGUAAAAGAAUCAUUCCAAAAGACCUGUUUGUAAGAAGGAAAGCUGAGAAAAAGGCUGAAUUCACAAAAAGAAAGGAAAAGGCACUAAAGCUGUGUAGUAAAGACAAAGAUAUUUCGGAACCUUUGAUGCAAGCUCUUGCCGAAAGAGAAGAAGAUAAUUUAAUGGGCCGUUUAUUAACUAUUAUAUUUAUACGAGAUGAAAAUGAAAAAGGAGACGAAAUUUCAUCUUAUAUUGAUUAUGCUCUUAAAUUACGAACAGAAGAUUGGGAACUCUACUUUAGCGGAGAGAAAAAGAUCGUACCGACUGAAACAGAUUUAAGCUUUUAUAAUUGGAAAAAAGCGAAGGUCUUUUCCACCUCUACUCCCAAUUUCGACGUUGUCACAGACAUGGAUUCUCACAAGAUGUACUUCGUUUGCAAGAAAGACGGUUAUCCUGUGGAUGUCAGCCCCGAAUCUCGUGACGUUGGAGGCAGUGUAAUUCGAUACGAUGUUGAUGGAACACUUUAUUCUCAAGCUGUCAUUUUUGAUCACGUCUGUAACCGACCCAUCCCCUAGAUAUGUACAUCCUCUCAUCGUGCUGCCAUCUAGUGCACGUUAUUGCUCAUAAUUUUGCUUCAGUAUCAAAUGUUUACUUUUAAUGUCUUUUUAAAUAAAAUUUUUAAACAUUUUAACCACGGAAAUGUUAUUUUUUUUUAAUAAUAAUAAAAAAAUAAUAAUAUAAUAAAAUACUAAUGUU